GGUCAUUUGUAUUGUGCGCGGGACAUGUGCAGCCUCGCCUUACUGGUUGCAUUACGGGCGCAUUCACACCCGCCUCCACUAACGGUCACCUCGAAUUGCGCGCCUGUCCGCUCGCUAUCUGCUCUCCCCAAGACGUUAUCUGUAACCUUGUCGACCAAUACGCUGGGAAUAGAUGUGUUCCAGCCUACUGGCACUCGAGACCUCCAAACACCAUGCGUCCACCCUCAUACUGAUCCAAAGCUAUGGCCUUCGAAGUCGACAAUGAUGCGCUACCGACGGCGAACAUCACGCCGUUACCCACGGCGAUGACGGCUGCUGCGUUUCUUGGGAUUGCCUGGUACUUGAGUGUCGAAGUCAGCGUCCGUCUGCUGUCCAGGGCAACGUGCCGUAGCCUCUACUUCUGGUCUUGUCUCGCCUGCUCCUGGGGUAUCAUCAUCCACGCUGUCCUCAUUGUUCUUCUGGACUUUAAGAUCUGGGAAAGCUAUGGCGCCAUCGUCAUGAUCCACUUGUCUUGGUGGACAUAUGUUGUGUCGCAGUCCGUUGUACUUUAUUCGCGACUCAGCUUAGUCCUUCAAAGACUUGAAACAGGCCGUUACAUCCUUUACAUGGUCGUCGUCAACUCCAUCGUCUUUGGUCUGGGGACCGUUGUGUUAGGCAUGGUCGCCCGUCACCCAGCCAUGGUCCACAAACUCGGCCCCGCAAACCUAAUCUGGGACAAAAUCGAACUCGCCGCCUUCUUCCUCCAAGAGACCAUCAUCUCACUCCUCUAUAUCCGCGAGACGGCACGGCAUCUCCAAAACGUUGCUCUCCUCGGCACAAACACACGUACCACUCGGCGCGUGCUACAUCACCUGAUCUUCGUCAACGUAUUCAUCAUCUGUCUUGAUUGCAGUCUCAUCGGCCUGUGCUAUGCAGGCUUCUUUUUCUUGCAGGGCUACUACAAGGCUGCGGUGUACGCUGUUAAGCUGCGCACGGAGUUCACGAUUUUGAAUCAGCUGAGGUCCUCCUUGCCGGGGUCGUCGGAGCAGGAGAGUGAUUUCAGGGUGUAUGGGAGGUCGGGGAGCAGGCAUUUGGGUGGAGGAGGAGCCGGAGUGCAGAGUGCGAGACGGGGUGUUGAUAGCCAGCAUAGUGAGAUUCAGAUGGUGGUCAUGCAGAGUGGACGGCAUGGAGGGAUUACGAUACAAAAGGAUGUUGUUAUCUCGUCGACGAGGAGGGAUGAGAGUGAUAGCUUUGAGGCGGCGAGGCCUUGAAAGGCCUGGAGGUCGUCGCAGAGACUUGGACGAGAGAUUUGAUACCCGCU